CAGGUCUUCAAGCCCGUAUAAACCUGAUAACCAUUCUCAUUUUCUCUCUGGCGGAUCUUUCAAUUCCAACUUCGGCCCUGGAGCUAUAUUGACUACACGCUCUCUCCCUCCCAAAGUCGUCCUCUGUUCUAACAAAAUUCCAACCCCCGCCAACCUUUUUCUGAGCUUUCGAAUCUGCAUUAUCCUAUCGCAAACGAGCAUUUUGGCAUAAUUAUACAAUACCAUGGGGAACGAAACGGAACCCCAAAAUGGAGAAUCAAAGCCAUUCGACAUCAUUUCCACAUAUAAUGAGCUUCUAAGCUCCGAUCCCGAUCUCACAAUGCCAAUUGCCGCUAUUGAGGCCUUAGUCCUACUACUAACUCACUCUCCUUCAUCGACUAUUUCCGAAACCCUCGACCUCCUAAAGACACACACGGAGCGCCUGAAGCGUGCAAUCCCGAACCCCAUCGGCCUUUCCGCCGGCACCGACCUUUUCCAACGAUACAUAAUCAGCACCCUGCAGAGGCCGGGGAAGCUAGGGCCUGCGGGAGACUUCAACGCUAUAAGAGCGCAUCUGCUAUCAAACGGUCGGCUGUUUAUCAAACGGGCCAAGGAGAGCAGAGAUAAGAUCGCGGCUUUUGGCAGUGGAUUUGUACGGGAUGGGAGUACGGUGUUGACGAACGGUGGCUCUCGCGUGGUAGGCGCUCUGCUGAAAAAGGUUGCUGCGGAGGGUCAUGAGUUUAGUUCUUCUCCCGUGCGGUUUCGCGUGAUAUAUGUGCUCCAUGAUGGGCAUGAUAACGGCAAUUCUCAGACCGAUCGAGAUACGGAAGGGAUGGAUAUUGUUCUCUCACUUAGAUCGAAAGGUGUUCCUGUUGCGACAAUUCCAGAGUCCGCGGUCGCUUACUCCAUGGGGAUGGUGGACAUGGUGAUUGUGGGUGCUGAAGGGGUCGUCGAGAACGGAGGUAUAAUAUCCCGACUGGGCACGUACCAGAUGGGACUGUUGGCCAAAUCGGUGGGCAAGCCAUUCUACGUCGUCACCGAAAGCCAUAAAUUCGUCAGGUUAUACCCGCUGGGCCAGUACGACUUGCCGAUCAGUCAGCACAUUAUGGAUUUCAAGACCAGUGAUGAUUCGAUCAAAAAAGAGGUGCCGAAGGAGGAGACGCCGAAAUCUGGCGCCCUGCCCAAGCGCGAGGCGGUGGAUUUCACACCACCACAUUUAAUAACUGCUUUGAUAACAGAAGGGGGAGUGCUUACGCCGAGUGCGGUCAGUGAGGAGCUGAUCAAAAUCUGGUUUUAAUGAGAUUGAAAUGAAAAGAGAAAAAAAAAAAAAAUGAAUGAUGAUUCUCUUUAAACAAAAUCUGUUAUAGAAGCUUCAAAAUCUAUGGGCUCAUGGAGUAAAUGCUGUGCCUAAUGAAUGGGGGAAAUUCGCUUU